UGGAGAAAUUAGGGGGAGGAAAGCGUCUUGGGACAGGGACGGAUCCAUUUAGAGGCGCGCUCCCUCUUUUGGCUGGGUUGGGAAAGCAGGGAGGGGAGGAGGGUGGUGGCCAUUGAGGUGGUGGCCGUCGCCGCCCUUCCCUUGGCUCCCCGCCUUCCUCUUCCACCUCCUCUUGCUCCAAUAAUCAUCCCAUCUUCAGCAAUCUUCAUCAACAGGUCUGCGCAAGAAAGGGGAUCCGUCCAUGGCGGUGGUGCUGGACUCGUACGUGAAGCGGUGCGCGGCGGCGCUGGAGGAGUUCGCGGGGCAGGAGGCCUGCGGCGCGCUCGGCAUCCGGGACAACGUGCGGGGCCUGCUGGGCACGCUGGCGCGCAUCGACGCCGUCGUCUCCCACGAGGAGCGGCGCCGGGUGCUCAGCUCCCGGGUGGACGCCUGGGUGGUGCUGCUCAAGGACGUCAUGUACGAGGUCGACGACGUGCUCGACGUCUGCGCCGCCGAGGGCGCCAAGAUCCUCGCCGACGACCACCCGCCCGCCCCCAAGGUGCGCUGCGCCUUCAUGUUCUCCUGCUUCCGCUACUCGGGCCCCCAGAAGUUCCACCACGAGAUCGGCUUCACCAUCCGGGACAUCGACAUCCGGCUCCGUGAGAUCGAGGACGAGAUGCCGCCGCUCCCCGCCGCCGGGGCGUCCCCGCGCCCCGGCGCCAGGAGGGAUUGGUUCAAUAGUGAAAUGUCCAGGAGCUGCCACGACGACGUGGUGAAGCCUCGCGCCGCAGUGGGGACGCAGGUCCAGAAGUCUCUGGGCGGCCUCGUGCCGAGGUUGCUCAGGGAGGGCAAGAAGAAGGUGGACGUCUUCGCCAUCGUCGGCGCCGUGGGGAUAGGCAAGACCACGCUUGCCAGGGAGAUAUUCACCGAUGAGAGGAUGACUGAAAACUUCCCCAUCUGCGUGUGGGUGAAGAUGUCGAAGGAUCUGUCCGAGGCAGCUUUCUUGAAGAAGAUCAUCGCCGGCGCCGGUGUAAAUGCUGGGGACACAGAGAACAAGGAGGAGCUCCUCGGCCUCCUCAGCUCUGCUCUUUCAAAGAGGUUUCUCAUCGUCUUGGAUGACCUGGACAGCCCGGGCAUAUGGGACGAUCUGCUGAAAGAUCCACUGGGAGACGGCGUGGCAAGGGGCAGAAUACUGAUCACGACACGGGACGAGGAAGUGGCGGCAGGCUUGAAGGCAGUCGUCCACCGCGUCGACAAAAUGGAUGCAGAGAACAGCUGGGCGUUACUGCGCGAGCAGGUCUUCCUGGAAUCCGCUUCAGAGGAGAUCCAAGCACUGCAGGAUGUCGGGAUGAAGAUCGCGGAGAAAUGCGAGGGCCAUCCUCUGGCUAUCAAGGUCAUCGCAGGUGUCCUGAGGUCGAGAGGCACGAGCAAGGAUGAGUGGCAGAUGGUCCUGAAAAGCGAUGCUUGGUCCAUGCGGCCGUUGCUUCAACAGGUGCCACAGGCUCUCUACUUGAGCUAUGUUGAUCUGCCUUCUGAACUCAAGGAGUGCUUCCUCCAUUCCUCUCUGUACCCAGAAGACUGCCCCAUUCGGCGCUUUGAUCUCGUGCGGCACUGGAUUGCCGAAGGCCUUGUCAAGCCCAGAGAGAACAAGGAACUGGAAGAGUCUGCUGAAGAGUACUAUCUGGAGUUGAUAGGCAGAAACUUGUUACAGCCUGAUCCUGACAAUCUUGACCAGUGCUGGAUGACACAUGAUCUCCUACGCUCUCUGGCCCGCUUUCUGAUAACAGAUGAGAGUAUCUUAAUUGACGGUCAGGAGAGAUCGAGCAUGGGCUCGUUGUCCUCACUGUCAAAGCCUCGGCAUCUUGCAUUGUGUAACAUGGAGAACAGCUUGGAGGAUCCGAUUUCAGUGAAGCAGCAGAUGAGCCUAAGGUCACUGAUGCUCUUCAACAGCCCGAAUGUCAGAGUGAUAGACAAUCUUCUUCUCGAGUCAGCCACGUGCUUGCGUGUCUUGGACCUGAGCAACACAGCAAUAGAGGCUCUCCCAAAAUCCCUUGGCACCUUGCGACAUCUGAGGUACCUCAAUCUUGACGGGACUCAGCUCAGCGACCUACCCUCCUCCGUCGGCUUUCUCGUAAAUUUGCAGACCUUGAGCCUUGAAGGCUGUCAAAGACUGCAGAAACUCCCUUGGUCCAUCAGUGAAUUGCAAGAGCUUAGAUGCCUUUGCCUCGAGGGAACUUCCCUACGCUAUGUACCGAAAGGUGUGGGUGAACUGAAGCAUCUUAACCAUCUAUCUGGUCUGAUCAUUGGUCAGGACAACAAUGAUCCUGAGGGCUGUGACUUGAUUCACCUUAGAGCCAUGUCUGAAUUGAGGUACCUUCAGAUUGAGAGACUUGAUAGGGCUACUUCCGGAGCUUCUGCACUCGCAAACAAGCCAUUCCUGAAGGUUCUACACCUGUCUGAGCAAGCAGCAUUAAUUGAAGAAGAAGAGAAUGAGGAAGAACAGGAGAACCAAGAGGGCGCAGAGAAAGAAGAAAAGGACAAACAUGAAGUAAAAAGUGCUCAGUGGAUUAGAGAUGAUUCAGCUAAAGUGAGUGAAAAGAUAUGGAAUGAGCUCACCCCACCCAAUAGCGUUGAGAAGCUGGUAAUCAAGAACUACCAAGGUCGAAAGUUUCCAAACUGGAUGGCGGGUCCCAAGCUAAACACCUCCUUCCCUGCCCUUGCCUUCCUUGAUCUUGACAACUGCAUGUCAUGCACCACUCUGCCUGCUCUUGGCCGCCUGAAACAGCUCAAGUCCCUGGAAAUCUCAAAUGCAGACUCCAUUGUCGCCAUCGGUUCUGAAUUCCUCGGCACCACUGUGAUUUCACAAGCCAUCUCGUUCCCCAAGCUUGAGGUUUUGAAGCUAAGAAACAUGAAGAAUCUGGAAGACUGGUCCUUAAGUGUGGAAGAGAGCCAGACAUUGCUGCCUUGUCUUAAGUCACUGCACAUACAGUUCUGCCCUAAACUCAAAGCUCUGCCAGAAGGUCUAAAGGACGCUGCUCUGUGUGACCUUCAUGUCGAGGGUGCACAUUGCCUUACAGAGAUAAAGGACCUGCCAAAACUAUCUGAUGAACUCUAUCUGAAAGAUAACAGGGCGCUUCUGAGGAUCUCCAACCUACCCGCACUCAAGUCACUCACCAUCGAUGACUGCGCGAAGCUGAAGCACGUGUCGGGCCUCGACAUGCUGCAGCAUCUCAGGCUUGUGUUCCCCCCAUCCACGGAGACAUACUAUUUCGAGGAGUUGGUCAUCUUCUGGAACAUCGCAUUCCCACGGUGGCUGGAGCUGCUGAUCCGUUUGCAGGCCAAUGGCCUGCGUCGAUUCGAGCUGCAGUGUGCACUCCCUUUACUCAGGAGCUGCCUGGAGGGUGGGAAGAACUGGCACGUUGUGCAGCAGAUCCCUGAGGUGCGCAUCACAAGCACCGAUGGCAAGAAGUACAUAAGGUACAACAAGGCCCGUCGCAUCUACGAGACAAAUGCUCAGUGUGAAGAGAAGUCUACCUAAAAAUCUUGUACUUGCAGCUGUUUGGUAGACAUGUUUCGGUCCGCCCGUCCCGACUGCUCCAAGAGAUGUUGUGUUUUAUACCAGGGACACGUCGUGUUGUUACUAGAAAUGGUUUGAUGAGGCCUGAGGAAUGAGUACCGUAUUUUUGGUGAAUCAGACAGCAGAUGGUCUUUCCCCCCCUUCCUCAGUACUGAACUUGGCUUAACUCCUUCACCAAUACUCGAUGUGUGAUUCUUCUCCGUUUCCUGGUUCUGGCGAUUUGUAAAUUGUAAACAUUGAGCUUGAUGGAUUUUGAUGAGUGUAAAGUAUUGCCACUUGUGUACAUGGAUUUGUUUUUUUCUUUUCAUGUCAGAAUGUUUUCUAUCAAACAUGUAUAUUUAUGUAAUUGGCAAACUUAUGUGCGCAAAUUUCAUGAUUAUCCUGAAAUUGGAUACUCUCAA